AUGGACAAUAUAGAAAACACACGACAAUUUGCGUUGUCUCUACAACAGUCUGCAAAUGUACUUGAUGAUAAACUUGAUACUAUUUUGAAGAAGUCAUUGAAUGAAAUAACUGAAUCAGCAGACCCAAUGACUAAGAUCAAAAUCUAUAAUGGAUACUCCUAUGUAUUAGUUUCUGUUCUUUUUGCAUAUCUUAAGUCGCUAGGAAUCAAAACAGAAUCGCAUCCUGUAAUGAAGGAUUUAGAAAGAGUGAAGACAUAUAUCAAGAAACUUAAACUGUUGGAGACUCAACAAGAGACCAAGGAGGAAAAGCUUCAGAAAGCUCAAAAUGAAGCUAACCAAUUUCUCAAACAAUCAUUGGGUGUUCACUCUGCAAGCAUAUCUACAUCAUCAGCAACUUCCGAUAUGACCAGGCCUGCUAUAAGUCAGGGCAGCUUCAAAGGUAAACACACAAAGUUUGAGAAUGAGAGUCAUAGUGAAGAUGAAGGUACCCGGAAGAAGUUAUCAUCUAUUCCGGCAUUAAAGUCAAUAAAAUCAACUAAAAGAUCGAAGUCGUCAUCACCGGCACCUUCAAGGAAACUGAAGAAGCCUAAUAGAGUGACCAAGAAGAAAUAG